AAUGCACUUGGCGGAGAGGAAGGGUGUGUUGGUGACAAUUAGGGAAGAGGAUGCAGUACGGGGUAGUUUGCCGGAGAUUUGGAAUCUUGGGAAGACGGACAGGAGAAACCAAGCACCAGUGUUGUUGAGAUCUUCCAUGGUCUCUUGCUUUGCACUACCUUUUCUUGCCAUCGGCUUGGCCGACGGGACGGUGCUACUUUACAGGCACUUGGACCAGUCGCUAUCUCCCGCAGUGUCCCUGACUGCACUCCCCCGUACCAUCCGUGAAUCAUCUCCUAAACCGAUCGCUGAUCUUGGUUUCCGAGAACUUCCAAGUCCUACCAACGCCGAUGCGAAGGAUAACAAUGCGAUAAGACACAUACACUGAUUCUUUGCACAGCUAUACCUGAGAUCUGGUUAUACUCUGGGGAUGUAUGAGGUCAUUUUACGGUUUUGGAUGGUCAAGCGCAACGCAUGGCCAUCCGAGUCCUCCGCAUCAACAGAAGUCAUACAGGCCCUUGUACAAUAUGGUCCAACGCAUCCGCACCUCUAUGAGCUGGUGCUGCACUUCUUAACAAGCAUGCCGGAGCUGCUCAUGCGGCACCAGGUGGAUAUGGAGAAGAUUCUAGGGAGAUGACGACUCAGCAUUAAUGAUCACUGAAGUAUGGUCCUUCCAAGAUUAAACUUCUGGGGGAGAAUACCACCAGCACCCCAGAGAAUCCAUAAUCGGUGAGG